UGACGUCAUCAAGAGCGACGGAAGCGGAUUGAAAGCCUUACUUCGUGUGACGCGAUACACUGUACUACAGUACUUGGCUCAAGGAACGCAUGUUGUUUGGCUGAUAGAUUGAUUUGCUUGUCUGAGGCGGCGUAGGUUGUGGUUUAAAAACCAAAAUCUUCAAUAAAAAUGAGAGUAAAAGAAGAAGAUGACACUUCUUUUAAUGUAGUGAAGUAUGAAAUGAAGGAGAUGUAUCAGGCUGCCCAUGUACUUCUAGAGAAAGAACAUAAAUAUGAAGAGGGGGUAGCAAAAGAAGGGGAAAAUACCACAAUAAAAGCUGACCUUCAUUCUGUGAAUACCAUGGAGAAAAGAAACCUAGACAUUAAGGAAGAGGACUUUGAAUGGGAAUUUGUCAACUUUAAAGAAGACUCUGAGCAAAUGCCUGACAGCACUGCCAUGCAGAAAUAUGUAGUCCUAGACAGGAUCAAAGAAGAGGACAUUAAGUUAGAGCCAGAGUUGUGUCCUGAUAUGCAGGUAUCUGCAAUAGCUUCCACCACAAAUAGACCCUGCUCCCUACAGUCUCAUUCUAUGUAUGUGAAGUCUGAGUCUUCAGAGUCUGAUUUAAGCGAGAAUGCAUCAUGUUCAAAUCAUUGUGGAAAAGAUUUACAAGGCAGUGCCAUUUCUUCAUUGUCUCAGACGGCUCCACAGAAACAUGAUGAAAAUAUGAAGAAACUGACAUUUGAUUCGGAGAGUGUGAUACCAGCCCCUUUUAACUAUAUUUCUGUGCACGUUGUGGAUUUAGUCAAGAGCAAUGCCUUCAACACCACCCCACAGGUGCAAAAUCAAGUUGCUUUGCAUAUCUACCAAGCAUCUGGCAAAAGCAUGGACAGUAAAUUGAAUUGUAAAGAUAAUCAGCAGAGCCACAUGAGACUGAAUCCUUAUGGCUGUUCUGAGUGUAACAAAGAGUUCUCCAACCCAAGAAGUCUCCGUAAUCACAAACUAAUUCACAUAGGAAAGAAACCUCAUUGCUGUUCUGAAUGUGGCAAACAAUUUUCCCAAAAAAGUUAUCUUCAGAGGCACACAAGAAUUCACACGGGAGAAAUACCCUAUAGCUGUUCCGAGUGUGGCAAACGAUUCUUCAGCAUUCGCGAACUUCAAAUUCACAUGAGGAUUCACACUGGAGAGAAACCACACCGCUGUCCCGAGUGUGGCAAACAUUUCUCACAAAUGAUCAACCUAAAGAGACACUCAAGAAUUCAUAGUGGUGAAAAGCCCCAUUGCUGUUCUCAGUGUGACAAAAGAUUCUCGUUUGUCAGCAGUCUCAACAACCACGUAAGAAUUCACACUGGGGAGAAGCCUUAUUGUUGUUAUGAAUGUGGCAGAAGGUUUUCACAAAUUGGCAAUCUUAAGAAGCACACAAUGAUUCACACUGGGGAGAAGCCGUUUGCCUGUUCUGAAUGUGGAAAACAAUUCUCUGGCAAUGACAGUCUUCAGAAACACACAAAAAUCCAUGCUGAAGCUAUGACAGCAAAUUAAGAGACUGAAAACAUUAGGAGUUCAGUAACAAAAUACACUGAGUGAGGCACACUCCCCUGUGUGCACUGUACACACAAAAAAUAAUUACGAAGACACUGAAACCCGACCAAAACCAUAGAGGUGUAACAGCUGUGGCAAACAAUUAUCUCAUUUUUCAGAGCUAGGCAAAUAUGUGUAGGAGAAAGAAACCUCAAAUAAAAAGAGAUGAUCAUUUUGUGUAUGCAACCAGAAAACAAACAGGAAGUCAUUCUGUACACGAAGAAGUAGUAAGAAAUGUAAUAGAACCACAGAACAAAAGGGGGAAAUACCAGCAGUGCAGGUCAGUGAAAUUAGUGAGUUUAAAGAAAAACUACCUCGGUGAAAAGACAAGUUACAGAAUAUACCCUUAAGCAGCAGGUGUCCAUGUCAGAUUGUUGAAGGCAGCAUACAAGCACUUGAUUAGAUUAAUAUUGGUGUUUCUUCUUUGGGCUAGAGGCAAAACCACUUUCUUGUAAAUGAAUACAUCCAGUCUUACUCCACAUUGUCUUCAAGCAAACUUGGCGUGAAACCUUUGAACUGAAGUGCUUCAGAGACAAGUCUUCCCUUCUUCAAGAUGGCCAGAUUCAAUGACCGUUCCAAAAGUCAUAAACGCUUUAGAUGAGGCCUUGGAUCAGACUGCUUGACUGGCACAAAAGUGUAACCAUUAAAAAGAAAAAAAUACUGAAACUCUAGUCCAGGGGUGGGCAACGUCAGUCCCAGAGGACUGCAGUGGCUGCAGGUUUUCAUUCCAACCCAGUUGCUUAAUUAGAAAUCGAUCCUUGCCAGUCUCAAACCUUAUUUAAUUUUAUGGCUUGUUAGUGUUUUUAACUUUGCAAUGUCAGGUUCUUAUAUCAUAGAUUUUUCCCUUCCCAAAGGUAUUAUCCAAAUGCUUUGAAGCCUAAAACGAAGGAGGGAUUUCUUCAGUCCAUCACAUUUUCUUAAAUUGUGCAUGAUGUGCCCUUACAGCUGUAAAUGGAAACAAACUUUGAGGGAGAACUGCUGGCUCUUUUGUCAUUUGCAUCCUAUUGGUAAUAAAGAGCCAUGAAUGCAGCAAGUUAAGACUGAAAGAAAUAAUUAAGGGUGAGGAACCCUAACAAGCGAAACCACUAAAAUGAUGCAGAAAAACUGGAGCAAUAAGUUCUUCAUCAUCAUCAACAAAUGACUUGGCGACUAAUUAAGAAACUGGGUUGGAACAAAAAAACCUGCGACCCUCCAAGACCAAUGCUGCCCACCCCUGCUUGAGUGUAUUCCACCAUUCAUUUCUAAAGACGCCCUGGGUCUCUUUGUCGCCUGUGGUGUUUGGCCAACUCUGUUAAGUUCCCCAGUCUCAUAAGGACACCCCUCUUCUUAUCUUAUAAGAAAAGGCACUGGCAUUAAAUGGCGUUAAUUAAGAGAUUGAAUGUACAGUUGCACCCCAUUUCUGGAAAUGGCACUGUUAAAGAAUCUCCAGCCCAUCCUUGUUUCCAAACUUUCAAGGUGGCCACCUUAACUGUAUCCAUUUUAGAUUCUGUUCCUGCUCUGCGCUUAACACAAUUAUUGAAUGUCCCUAAAUGCAUUUUUACAGUUGUUGAUCCAAACUGUUUUGGUACAGUUUUAGCAGCAGCUCUCUUUAUAACCUAGGAAAGAGGGUGUGAUCGUAACCAGAUCCCCUUCUCUAUAUUUAAAUAUUUGCCAGCAUUUAUUAUAAUACCCAGCUCGUCUGACUUGCACAGACUCCCUUUUCUGGACCUGCCUUUGUAACACUUGAUGUUUUUGGAGUCAUAGAUAGGAUUGACCGUAACAGCAGGAGACUCCCUUGUAACUUCACGAGCUGUCAAAUUUACUGUCAUGCGUAAUUCUAGAAGCCAGUAGUUCCAGUCUUGGCUGUGGGAUCCCACAUACAAAGCCAUCAUUGUUCAGUUUACUCACUCAGCACACAGCUAAUUGAAUUUAUGUUUGUGUUCAGGGACUUCAAAGCUCCUUAUUAUUUCCAGCUGCCAAAUGGUGCAAAGUUGAGUCAAAAGAUGACCAGAUCACUUGAUCCUGUUUGCCCCAUGCACUGUAUCUGUCAUACAGUAUGUGUUUCAAUAAAAUAUUCGAAAAGAAAAAAUGUGAGACAUAUCGGUCUGUUCUGUACCAAAACCAUGUUUAUGGUGCUCGCAGAGAAGAAAAGAAAAGUGACAGUUUUGACACACAAUGAGAACACUAACAAGCCAAGGAAAUUAAAUAAUGGUCUUCAUUAUCAGAAAUGGCUUGGCACUAAAUUGGAGGCCUCAAUCUGAGACCCCUGCGUUACCUGUUGCUCGCUUUUCAUCUCAAUAUUGUUUAGCUGCUAGGUAAGGAAAAAAAGAAACGAUGAAGGAUUCUGAUUCUUCAAAAACAAGUCAAUGAAAAUUCAAGCCUAAGAAGGCUGUUCUGUUAGCUGCAGUAAUUGUUUACAAGUGAAUUUGAAUGUAAUGGAAACUUGCAGCCACUGAGUUAAGCCGUACCAUCUGUAGUGUCAUGUCAAGUUUGUAAUAAUCCUAGACAUCACGUCACCAGCUUAAUUCACUUUGGAGUGGCACUUCUGAUUCUUGGGCGGCACGGUGGCGCAGUGGUAAGCACUGCUGCCUUGCAGUAAGGAGACCUG